AUGGAGCAGCUGGGAGCCAUCCCCGUGCUCAGUGUGGCUGUCCGUGAGCUUCAGAACAACGACAAAAUCUUCCAGGUGCGACCCCUGGUGAAUGCACACCCGUCUUCAUUGCGGAGUGUCCUGGCACAUCGCACGGGCAUUGCUGGGCUGGGCAGGCCGAGGCAGGGGCAGCUGCAUUGCCCUGUGGAGCAAGGCCGCCCCCCAGACAGCCCCAGGCCCGGCUGUGGAGGAGUCAUUGCCAAGGAUGCCGUGGCGGCCGGCCCCCAUGCCCAGCCAGAUGUAAGUAAGGGUGACCAGCAGGAUUCUCAAGCCUUGCAGGCCUAUCUCUCCCCUCCCCUUUCUGCCCUGCUCUUUGAUCCUCCACCCCUCCUGCAGUUAGCUGCCUUCCCUUCCCCCACCCUGGUCUGCAGGAAAGCCCGGGCCCGGGGUGACAUGUCAGAGCCCAUGUUCCUAACCUCUCUGCCUCUGGGAUCUGACUCCAGUGACGAUGUGGCAGAACCAGAGCAGUUUGUGCACGAAGCUGGGCAAACCCCCGACACGGGGCACUUGGAGUGGCAGCUGUUUGCCGUCGUGGUCCCGUGGCUGACGGCUGCCCGGCACCCCGAGACUGAGAGCGCACCGUACUGCACCUCCCUAGCCCGGGAAAAGACCAAAAUUCAGAUUUUGAAGUUCGGCCUCUACAGAAUGUCUUCCCCUGGCGUCGCCAUCAACCCCGCCCCCAGGCUCAGGGCUGCCUGUCUCCCUGCAGGUGCCGCCGGCCUCAGGCUUGAGCCUGAGGGUCCUCUGGCGCCCCCCGCUGAGCUCCCGGAGCCGCUGCCCAGCUACGACCGGCUUCUUCAAGGGGACAGACAGCGGAUAUUCUUCCCGCCUUCGGAGGCCCCGGGGAGGCCCCGGGAGCAAAGGUCCUGGUCCUCGGUCCUGGAGCACAGGAUCCCCGUGGUGACGGAGGAGGUGGCCCGCCAAGCCCUGCUCAGCUUCGUGAACUCGAAAUGCUGCUACGGCAGCACAGCGGCCGGCAGCCUCGUGAUCCGGGAGCUGCGGCAGCAGACGCUCUGCAGGUAUCGACUAGAGACCUUCAGCGAAUCCAGGAUAAGCGAGUGGACGUUUCAACCCUUUACUAACCACGCAGUGGAUGGGCCACAGAGAGGUGCCUUCCCCAGCCUCUGGGACAUCAAGGUCCAGGUCCCCCCAAUGUUUCAGGAAGACACCAGAAAGUUCCAAGUCCCUCACUCCUCAUCAGUCAAGGAAUGCCACAAAUGCCACGGGCGUGGGCGGUACAAGUGCAGCGGCUGCCAUGGGGCGGGCGUGGUGAGGUGCCCGUCCUGCAGCGGAGCCAAGCGCAAAGCCAAGCAGUCCCGGAGGUGCCAGCUGUGCGCAGGGUCCGGCAGGCGGAGGUGCAGCACGUGCUCAGGGAGGGGGAACAAGACCUGCGCCACCUGCAAGGGGGAGAAGAAACUGUUGCACUUCAUCCAGCUAGUCAUCAUGUGGAAGAACAGCCUGUUCGAGUUUGUGUCUGAGCACCAGCCCGACUGCCCCGGGGAGCUCCUCGCCAAAGCCAGAGGGGAAAACCUCUUUACGGAUGAAAACUCCACGGUGUACCCCAUUGUGGACUUCCCCCUGCGGGACAUCUCUCUGGCCUCCCAGAGGGGCAUCGCGGAGCACAGCGCCGCCCUGGCCUCCCGCGCUCGCAUCCUGCGGCAGCGCCAGACCAUUGAGCUGAUCCCCCUCACAGAAGUUCAUUACUGGUACCAAGGAAAGAGUUCUGUCUACUACAUCUAUGGCACCGACCACCAGGUGUAUGUGGUCGACUACCCUGAGCGCUACUGCUGCGGCUGCACCAUCAUCUGACACAGCACAGCUGUCCCCAGAGCCCGCCAUUCCCAUUUGCCGAGGAGGACAACGGACCGUCUUGGAGUUCAUUCAUAGUUGGCUACACUGGACAAUCCUAUGCAAACCCUGGCAUGUCCUUCCAGAAAAAUCAGCUAUUGUCUGUCAAGCUGCAACUCCCGUGGAGCCCCUCUUGGUGGAAACCGUCACUCAUGUUUAACCUACAAGAAUUCAACUGCACACGUGCCUGUAGGACACACACAGGAGAGAAAUAAACAGUAAGGGCUUUGCCUGUGGCCUGCAAGCU